UGCAGAUUAUUAAAAUUAAUUUGUUAUAGAAAGCAAAUCGACAAAAAAAAAAAGAAAUGAAAAUGUUGUUAAACGGGCAUCUAAACAGCUUUAGGCACAAUUACAAAAACUUUUUACCUCAGUAUAGUGCUAAAUAUAAAAAUCAACAAUUUCUUAUCAUAAAGCAAAAUAACUGAAUUCAAGUGCUUAACAUCUUUAAAAAAUCUAUCCAUAAAUCAUUGAAAAACUCUUUGAAAAAGCACAACACUUUAAACUUUUUUUAGUUAACUUAACUAAACUGAAAUCGCUGUGUUUUGCUUAAAGCAUUUGCCGGUAAAUUAAUUGAAAACAUGAGAAAAACGAUAUCAGCACCGAGACCGUUAGCAUUACCCUAUUUUCACUUUCAUCAUGCCAGCUUUUUGUUUACGGUAUUGUUGGUUUUACUUACGCUACCGUUAAAGGAGGCAACACCUCAGCGGCCUCUUCUUAAUCAUACUUCAUAUAAUUCCAUACCAACGAGUCAACAUAAUUACAAAUUACGUAAUGGUCGAACUCAUGAUAUACCGCCAAUACCACCUUCUACGAUGGCAUCUAUGCCACCGCGUAGGGCUCUUUACGAAGAAUACGAUAGUACCGGUUUGCCACCUUUGGGGGGACGACGUGAUAGUCGGCGACGUUUGAAUUUGGCUGGCUUAGGAGGCUCAGGACCACGUGGUAAUAAUGCUCGCCGUGGCAUAGAUUCAUUGCGCAAAGAAUUGAUGAAGCCAUCUGUGGGCGGUCCUGGUGGAGGCAUUAGCAGCGGCCAUAGUAUAAGUUAUCCGGCAUAUUCAGCCACAUCUUCAAUUGGAAAAAUUGAUGGUAUCGGCAGUUUGGGACCAGCGCAUCGCUAUGGUGAUCCUUUGCAACCGGCUACUAUACUUGCACCGAUUAAUUCUUUAUAUCCUACUGGUAUACCACCCGAUCAUUACUUAGCUAAUCUUCAAGAUCACAAAUAUACCCGCAUUACACCCAGAUUGAAUUCUAUUUCGGAGAUACGAAAACUAAAUAACGAGGCUAAGCAGCAUGGCCAAGCAGACGAACCGGCCGACGGUGUGGAUGACGACAUAAUCUUGGAGGAACACAAUGAUCCGUUGCAAGUAAUCAAAGAUCAGAUCCGCAAUUCACAACCACAAUCGAAUCUUUACGUCGCCCAUACGGAGGGAACACCGUCAGUUAUUGAGGACCUAUUAGGCGUAAAGUGCAAUUUUGAAACACCUUGCGCUUGGAAAUGGACUGAAAAUUUGCCAGAUGGUUUUCAUAUAAUGAGCGGCAUAGAGGUGACCAAGAAAAAUAUGACUGGUUUAUAUCCGGGGCCGUUGGCCGAUUCGGUGGACGAUGCAAACGGGCAUUUCCUUUACGCUCGCUUACUACCCACUACUAUGCAAAUCAACUUGACCUCGCCUCAGUUUAGCACAACAAUGGAGAAGUGUUUUCUAGAAAUUUAUAUUCAUCAAAGCGGUAUGAGUCAUGGUUUAUUUAGUGUCGUCGUUGAGCCAUUGCAUUCGCAAGAGAAUCCCUGGGUACCUGCUGAAAUUGUUGGCGAUAAUUAUCGUCAAUGGUCGCGAAAAUUUUUCAAGUUAGGUCGAAUCACACGGGAUUUUCGUAUUGUUUUUGAAAUUGUUCCGAAACUGAUGGAAGGUCAGAAGGCUCAUGUUGCCAUUGAUAAUUUGCGAAUGGUCAAUUGUUUUCCCGAAGGCACUAAAUCGGAUAAAUGCGGAACAUCUCAAGUCAAGUGUAUGAUGAAUAAGGUUCCCGUUUGUAUACCAUUGCCAAGAAUUUGCGAUAUUACCAAAGAUUGCGAUGAUGCUGAAGAUGAGCUCUUGAAUUGCGAUAAAAUACCUUAUGGUGGACGUUGUGAUUUUGAGAAUGAUUGGUGCGGUUGGCAUGAUUCGGGUAAAACAAUUUUAGCUUGGUCUCGUCACACUGGCUCAUCGCCUACGCACGAUACUGGACCUGAUGGGGACCACACGUAUCAGCAUUUGUUAAAUGCCACUGGCGGCUAUUACAUGUUAGUUAAUAUGAAUCAACAUAGCAAUAAUAGCGAGAAGGGUGCCCUUAUCGGAUUCGCGAGUAAUGCUAUUAUGAUUAGCAAAACUUUUAAUCCGCCGCCUUUAGUUCAUGGUAAUCCAAAUUCACCGUAUCGCAAUUCGUGUGUGGUGCGUUUUUAUAUUCAUCAGUUUGGCAAAAAUCCCGGCAGUAUUAACCUUUCGGUUGUGGAAAUGAAAGAGAAAGAAAAUAUUACUACAACUUUAUGGUGGAGUACGAAAAAUCAAGGUGCCGAUUGGCUAAGAGCAGAAUACGUUUUGCCUAAUAUAACCUCAAAGUAUUAUUUGCAAUUUGAGGCGCGCAUGGGUAUGCGGAUUUAUUCAGAUGUAGCUGUGGACGAUUUUUCUUUAUCACCGGAAUGCUUCGGUAUAAAUAUACCGAAAGACUAUCUUAAUGGGUACAAUUACUGGGAUGUACGAAAUAAAUAUAAAAGUCCUUCACAUAAAGAUUUUGAAUAUAAAAAUUAUCUGGAAUUGACUUCUUGCGAUACACGUGGUAUGAUAGGUCCCAAUCAGUUACAGUGCGAAACAUUUUAUAAGGACACUAACAGAAGUCAUGUCCUGAAAGAAGUGCAUGUCGUGGAAGAUCAAAGUUCCUACAAGGGUAUGCAAAAAUGGAAAGUACCCCAUGAGGGCUAUUAUACAAUUAUAGCUAAAGGGGCUAGUGGUGGUCUAGGCUCAGGAGGAGUGGGUUCCUCACGUGGCGCUGUGACUGUCUCUAUCCUCGAGCUACACAAGAAUGAGGAACUUUACGUCUUAGUAGGUCAACAGGGAGAAAAUGCUUGCAUUAAAUCACUCGGCUAUAUUGAAGAGGGAUGCGGCUCGGAUCUAUCGGACUUGGAUCUCAGUAAAUACAGUUUUAGCUCUAAGCAACAAAUGGUAAAAAAUAUCUACAUUGAACAUGGCGCUGGCGGAGGAGGAGGAGGCUCAUAUGUUUUUCUUUUGAAUUCGGCAAAGAAUGAAGCGGUUCCAUUGUUGGUGGCUGGCGGUGGUGGAGGUUUGGGCAUUGGUCAGUACUUAGAUGAGGACUUUCAGCACGGGCAGAAAUCCAAUCCUGGCCGAUCAAGUACUACCGGGCAGAUACAUGGUGAACUGGUGAAUAAGAUUACUGCAGGACCAGGAGGUGGUUGGCGAGCGAAACCUGAUCAAGCUUUAGAUCCAAGGUUCGGCGCGGCUCUUCUACAAGGAGGUCGAGGGGGUCAUUCAUGUUUUGUAGAAAUAUUAAAUAAUGGAUCUUCUACAAAUCGCCAUGGCCAGGGCGGCUUCGGUGGUGGAGGUGGCGGCUGUAAUACUGGCGGUGGUGGCGGCGGCUAUUCUGGAGGCGACGUCUAUCUAAAUGUGUCAAAUGGAGAAGGUGGAACAUCCUUUAUUAGCAACAGCCGCAGCUUAAAAGAAUUCAAUUCUAUUUACGAGGGUGCCAACUCAGGGUCCGGAUCUGUAAUAAUUAUAGCAGCUAUUGAAGGUUGCGGUUGUGAUUAUCGUUGCGUUGCAUUGGAUGAAUACAGAACCAGCGUGCGUUGCAUUUGUCCAGAGGGCUGGCGAUUGAGAAAGGAUAACAAUACUGCUUGUGAAAUGUUGUAUGAGGAGCGAAUACCUUUUCCCUAUUUAAUAGCAUUCUUUAUAGUUUUGGUAGUUUUGCUGGGGGCCUCCCUCACGGCCCUUAUAGUCAUUUUGUAUAAUCGUUAUCAACGUAAAAAGCAAGCUAAACUUCGGCACAUGAUGCUUUUGGAACAAGAUGUCCAACUGAACCGUUUACGUCACAAUGUUGAUGAUACAAAUCUUAACAACUUCAAUCCUAACUAUGGCUGCGAUGGUAUACUUAAUGGUCAUGUUGAUGUAAACAGCCUGCCUCAAGUAGCGCGCGAAAGCCUUCGAUUAGUCAAGGCUUUAGGUCAGGGCGCUUUUGGCGAAGUUUAUCAGGGCUUAUAUCGUCAUCGUGAUGGUGACGCUGUCGAAAUGCCAGUAGCAGUGAAGACUUUGCCUGAAAUGUCUACUCGUCAGGCUGAAGAAGAUUUUCUUAUGGAAGCCGCCAUUAUGGCUAAAUUUAAUCAUCCCAAUAUGGUUCACUUAAUUGGCGUUUGCUUCGAUCGUCAUCCCCGCUUUAUUGUUUUGGAGCUAUUGGCUGGCGGCGAUUUGAAAAAUUUCCUUCGUGAAGGCCGCAAUAAACCGGAACGUCCUUCUCCCUUAACCAUGAAAGAUUUGGUGUUUUGUGCUUUGGACGUGGCCAAGGGUUGCCGUUAUAUGGAAAGCAAACGUUUCAUACAUCGUGAUAUAGCUGCCAGAAAUUGUUUAUUGAGCAGCAAAGGACCGGGACGCGUAGUGAAAAUAGCAGAUUUUGGCAUGGCGCGGGAUAUCUAUCGUAGUGAUUAUUAUCGUAAAGGUGGUAAAGCUAUGCUUCCAAUUAAAUGGAUGCCUCCAGAAGCUUUUCUAGAUGGUAUUUUUACUUCUAAAACGGAUGUGUGGUCAUUUGGAGUUUUAUUAUGGGAGGUUUUCAGUUUGGGUUUAAUGCCCUACACGGGAUUACCGAAUCCAGAAGUGAUGCAAUUAGUUACCAACGGGGGACGUUUAGGGUCUCCGCCUGGCUGUCCACCGGCUAUUUAUAAAAUUAUGGCGGACUGUUGGAACCCCACGCCAGAAGAUCGUCCCACAUUUUCGAAUUUAUUGGAGCGUUUAACCACUUGCACACAGGAUCCCAGUGUUAUGAAUGCUCCUUUGCCUUGCAUAUUACGCCCGCCCUCGACAGAACGUGACCAGACUAUAAUGCGACCACCACGUACAGAUGAAUUUUGUCUGCAAGUACCCCAUACCGAUUACCUAAUACCAUUACCGGGUAUACGCAAUGGAGGCGAAUACGCCGACACUGCUACGCGUAAUACGGUGGCAGUAAACACCGGAACUGAUGUUUGCACUCCACCAGGCAUAUCACCGCCCUCGGCCCCUCAAAGUGCAAACACUGAAGACGAACAUGGAGGCGGCAUGAAUGAAAACCCUUGCCAUUGGGAAACUUCAUUCAUUUUACCGAAUUCGAAAAGUGAUCAACCAUUAUUGAACAGCACAUUGGAAUCGCAGAAAGUAUCAUGUAACGUAACAUCGAAUGGUCAGACUUCUGUAACUAACAGCGGUCAAAAUAGUAGUAGUCAAAGAUCUCCCGUUAUUAGUGUAAGUGGUGGAAUACAAACACAACCAACUAGUCCUCAAGUUGAAGAAGAGGAAGAAACGAAAUUGAUUAGCUUAGACACACCGCAACCAACACCGACAACUAUUCAGCCACCAUUAUCGUUCACAACGCAACUGGAUGGCAUUACACUCGAUCCCGGUGCGCUAACGAAGGCGAAUGCUGCAAUCAAGCAGCAAUGUUCUUACGCUAACUUACAACUAAUGACGAAUCCUAAAACGAAUUGCAGUGAUACGUUGUUAUCGGAGAAAAUGGGAAACGGUAGCAUCGCAACGCAUAAUUCUAGUGUUAUAAACAAUGCGAAUGAUGUGAUAAAUGCCAAUGCGACUACGGGCAAUAAUUCAACAGCAGUUACAGCAACAACAACAACAACAGCAAACAAUACGGGAGCAAAUGCCCCACCAUUUACAAUACAAGGCUAUGCUGAAAAAUUUAAAGAAAAUCAUUCAGAAAUAAGCUGUUAAGCUGCUUAAAUACGCCAGUAAGUAGCAAGUCCAGUGAGAAGGAGAGUUUUUCAAAGAGUCGAUAAAGAUUCUCAAUAAAAAAAGGGAGAAAAAAUUUCAUACAGGGAUACAAAACAAAAUUAAUGAGAUAAAGGAAAAGAGAGAAAGAGAGAGAGAGAGCGGGAGUCAGUUUUGAAAGCGUUUGCUUUCAAACACCGGCAAACCAAUCUCGAGCAAGCUGCUUGUCAUUUCACAUUCCAGAUAUUGAUAGCUGGAAAUCUACACUGGCCCAUCAAACUAAGCUAAGCAGAGUUUGUGGGGUCGUUUUCAUAAAAAUUUUCUUUGUCAUAUUUAUUGAGAAUCUUGCGCUUAAUGAUAAGCUCGAACUGAAAGAGAAAGCAAACACCAUUGGCAUUACAGGGUGUGUUUUGGUUGUAAUUGUUAACAUUUAAGCUCCAGAACAUAAAAAAAGAGAUUAAGAAAUAAGAAAAAAAAUUAUUAAAUUUAAAAUUUAUAAGAAUUACGCAUACAUGCAUACAUAAUAAUAUAUACCUUACACGUAAGUGUAUAUAGGUAUCAUACGGCCAAAUGCAUAAAGAUAUAGACUUCGAUACGAGUUGAAGUAAGUGACGAUAAAUUCUCAUUCUCGAGUGUCAAAAAUUGUUUCUUUUUCCUGUAAAUAAGAAAUUAAAACAAAAGAAAAAAAGAACAAGAAAAGAAAUCUAACAUUAACAUAAAAGAUAAUUAAUUUAUUUAUAAUAGAGUAUUAUUACGAGUGAGAGUUGCGUAGUGUAUAAACAAGAUUUAAUUUUAGAGUUUUAGAAUAAAACCAAAAAUAAUAUUUGUUUUUUUUUUUUUUUUUUUUUUUUUUGUUUUAUGUCUAUUCAAAACACAAUAAGAUUUUAAGCUUGCAUAGUAUAUUUUACAUUUUUUUAUAUUUAAUACUAAGUUAUAUAUAAAGUGAAGACAAAUUUUAUAUUGAAAGUUUUUAUUGCCAGACGACUGUAGAGGACCUCAAAAUUUCUUUGUAUAUAUGUACAGAGUUUUUAGCAUUAUCUCAAAUAAAUUUUUAUAAACACCACCGAGACAUGGAGAUACGCUAGAGAUUAAUAGCAACACCCGGAUUUCAAAGACACUAGUUGCGAGCGAUUUUCUAAGCCGAAUCCGUCGAAUCGGAAAAUCAUAAUAAGUUACCUAGUUUGCCCUACCAUUUGUUGUAAGUUUGGUGCUAAUAUUUUAAAGGGUACGCCUAAAAAUCUUUCUGACGGACUGACCUGGAUAGGUUGUUUGAUUUCUUUCUUUUGUAGAACAAAAAGUUUCCCUUAUUGUUGUGUGUGCGGUUAUUUAUGCAAACUAUACUCACAUUAUGGGUUUCAUUGUCACUAUCGGAUGAAGCGAAUAUAUCAACUUUCAAGUUAUAUUUGUAAGCGUCAAAGACAUUUUAUAUUAUUUCGGUUGAUUAGUCCGCUCAAGGUUAUGCGUGCUAUUCAAAGGAUAAAAAAUAGAAGGCGCUAAUGGCUGAGAGAAUUGGCGGUCGUAACAUCGAAUCCAUCUGAUCCUUUUGAUGCAAGAGUUUAAGUGCAUUAUACCACUCUCCCUUACCGUGCAAUCGAUCUGCUUUCAAAUUCUAAGAAUGUAUAGUCGUAAGGGUUACUCUCCAGUUUAACUACAAAAAGUUUUCAUAAAUCUUCGAUCCGUCAUCAACCAGAACGCUAUGUCCUUGUAUAUUAUGUGGAGUGAUUCAAACAAGUGAGAGCGCUAUUGUUAGCCAUAGUCCACCCUAAAUACCCUACACCAUUCUACAGUUGUUUAUUGAAUGACUACUCAAAACAGGAGAUGUUCGUCCUUUCGUCAAAAUAUUUCAAAAAUUGUGACUUGUAAGUUGAAAAGAAUAAUAUAAGACGGAACACACAAGCCCAGAUCGAUACGGAAAGUGAUUCUGACUCGAUCAUUCUUGAUAUUUCUAUUAGUUCAGUCCUUCUAUAAAUUGUAUACUUCUGCAAAAACUUAAUAUACCCAUUUACCGCCAGCGGUGUAGACUAUAAAAAACGGAAGGAAAGAAAUUCACUGAAGUCUAAAAAGAUUUUAAACCAUUUUAAGAAUCAAAAAUUUUUUUAUGAAAACCCGUUAGUACUGUUGUCAAAU